UAUGUAACUUAUUGCAGCUUAUGCCUACUUUUUUGAAGAAGAUAGUUUUGGAGAAAAAUAAACUCGUUUAUGGGAAAGAUUCUAAAACUUAAGUUUAAGAGAAUCAUAAUACAGAGCAUUAACUAAUCUAUCUGUUUAUGCUAGAUGA